AAUCGCUACUUGGUUUGACCAUCUCGAAGCUCACGUUGUUAUUAUUUAUAAUUCAAUAUAGUUUUAUUUAAAUGGUCGAGGCAAAUCAAAGUGAUGCCCAAAUGGCGGACAGCACUUGGGAGCCGGGCGACAGCAAGGAAUGGUCCAAAUCGAUUAAGCCGCUGCAGGAGAAAUGGAAACUGGUGCCGGCAUUUCUUCAGGUGAAGGGACUGGUGAAGCAGCAUAUUGAUUCCUUUAAUCAUUUCAUCAAUGUGGACAUCAAGAAGAUAGUGCGUGCCAACGAGAUCGUGACAAGCGGUGCCGAUCCCCUCUUCUACCUCAAAUAUCUGGACGUGCGUGUGGGCAAACCGGAUAUCGACGAUGGCUUUAACAUAACCAAGGCGACCACGCCGCAUGAGUGCCGGUUGAGGGACACCACGUACUCGGCUCCCAUCAGCGUAGACAUUGAGUAUACGCGUGGCACGCAGCGCAUUAAGCGCAACAAUUUACUGAUUGGACGCAUGCCACUGAUGUUGAGAUGCUCGAAUUGUGUGCUUACCGGCAAAUCCGAAUUCGAGCUGUCCAAGCUGAACGAAUGUCCGCUGGAUCCGGGUGGAUAUUUUGUGGUGCGCGGUCAGGAGAAGGUUAUACUCAUCCAGGAGCAGUUGUCGUGGAAUAAAAUGCUAACCGAGGAUUUCAAUGGCGUUGUGCAGUGUCAGGUGACGUCUUCAACGCAUGAGAAGAAAUCUCGGACGCUGGUGCUGAGCAAGCAUGGCAAAUACUACUUGAAGCACAACUCCAUGACGGAUGACAUACCCAUUGUGGUGAUCUUUAAGGCACUGGGCGUCGUCUCCGAUCAGGAAAUAAUGACACAUAUCGGUUUGGAUGCACGUUCGCAGAAUCGCUUUGGUGCUUCGCUCCUCGAAGCCUUCAAUCUGAAGGUUUUCACCCAGCAGCGAGCCCUGGACUAUAUGGGCUCCAAGCUGGUGGUAAAGCGAUUUCAGAGUGCCACCAAUAAGACACCGUCGGAGGAGGCACGCGAACUGCUGCUGACCACAAUUCUGGCUCAUGUGCCAGUGGACAAUUUCAACUUUCAGAUGAAGGCAAUCUAUGUGUCGCUAAUGGUGCGUCGCGUGAUGGCUGCUGAGCUGGAUAAGACGCUCUUCGACGAUCGCGAUUACUAUGGCAAUAAGCGUUUGGAGUUGGCCGGUUCGCUGAUGUCGCUGAUGUUUGAGGAUCUCUUCAAGCGCAUGAACUGGGAGCUCAAGAUGAUAGCGGACAAGAAUAUACCCAAGGUGAAGGCCGCCCAGUUCGAUGUCGUUAAGCAUAUGAGAGCGGCACAGAUCACCGUUGGUCUCGAGUCCGCAAUUAGUUCGGGCAAUUGGACCAUCAAGCGUUUCAAAAUGGAACGCGCUGGUGUGACCCAAGUGCUGUCUCGGCUCAGCUACAUCUCGGCGCUGGGCAUGAUGACUCGGGUGAAUUCACAGUUCGAGAAGACGCGAAAGGUGUCUGGGCCGCGUUCGCUGCAGCCAAGCCAGUGGGGCAUGCUGUGUCCCUCGGACACGCCCGAGGGUGAGGCGUGCGGUCUGGUCAAGAAUCUGGCUCUAAUGACGCACAUAACAACGGAGGUGGAUGAGCGACCGGUGAUGACAUUGGCCUACAAUGCCGGCGUCGAGGAUAUACGCGAAGUGAGCGGCAAUCCCAUGAAUAAUCCGCACGUAUUUCUUGUCUUCAUCAAUGGCAAUGUGCUCGGCCUGACCAUCAAUCAGAAGCAUCUGGUGCGUAAUUUGCGCUACAUGCGACGCAAGGGACGCAUGGGCAGCUUUGUCUCCAUACACACCUCGUACACGCAGCGCUGCAUCUUCAUUCACACGGAUGGUGGACGGCUCUGUCGACCCUAUAUCAUUGUUGAUAAUAUGCGUCCGCUUGUGGAGCAACGGCAUUUGGAUGAACUGCUGCGUGGCAUACGUAAAUUUGAUGAUUUUCUGCAUGAUGGUUUGAUUGAGUACCUGGAUGUGAAUGAGGAGAACGAUUCGUUUAUUGCAUGGAAUGAGGAGCACAUCGAGCCACUGACAACACACCUCGAAAUCGAACCAUUCACUCUGCUGGGCGUCUGUGCCGGCUUGGUUCCCUACCCGCAUCACAAUCAAAGUCCGCGCAACACCUAUCAAUGUGCGAUGGGUAAACAGGCGAUGGGCAUGAUUGGCUAUAAUCAAAAGAAUCGCAUUGAUUCCCUCAUGUACAACUUGGUCUAUCCUCAGGCACCAAUGGUCAAAUCUCGCACCAUUGAGUUGACCAACUUCGAUAAGCUACCAGCUGGCCAAAAUGCCACUGUGGCUGUGAUGAGCUACUCCGGCUAUGAUAUUGAGGAUGCCUUGAUCCUGAAUAAGGCCUCAAUUGAUCGGGGCUAUGGGCGGUGUCUCGUCUACAAGAACUCCAAGUGUACCGUGAAGCGUUAUGCGAAUCAAACAUUUGACAGAAUCAUGGGGCCGGUCAAGGAUGCACUGACCAAUAAGGUGAUCUUCAAGCAUGAUGUCCUGGACACGGAUGGGAUUGUGGCGCCUGGCGAAAUGGUUCAAAACAAACAGAUCAUGAUUAACAAGGAGAUGCCGGCUGUGACAUCCAUUAAUCCACUCGAAGGACAAUCUCCUCAGGUGCCCUACACAGCUGUGCCCAUUAGCUACAAGGGACCCGAACCCAGCUAUAUUGAGCGUGUAAUGGUCUCGGCCAAUUCCGAGGAGGACUUUCUCAUUAAGAUCCUGUUGCGACAGACGCGCAUUCCGGAAAUUGGCGACAAGUUUAGUUCGCGGCACGGACAGAAGGGCGUCACGGGUUUGAUCGUGGAUCAGGAGGAUAUGCCCUUCAAUGACUAUGGCAUAUGUCCGGAUAUGAUUAUGAAUCCCCAUGGUUUUCCCUCCCGUAUGACUGUGGGUAAGACGCUGGAGCUUCUGGGCGGCAAAGCUGGCGUUCUUGAGGGUAAAUUUCAUUACGGCACUGCUUUCGGAGGCUCCAAGGCGGCGGAUGUGCAGGCGGAGCUGGUGCGUCACGGCUUCAACUACAUGGGCAAGGACUUUUUCUAUUCGGGCAUAACGGGCGGACCGCUCGAGGCGUACAUCUAUUCCGGUCCCGUAUACUAUCAGAAACUGAAGCACAUGGUGCAGGACAAGAUGCAUGCCAGAGCCCGUGGCCCAAAGGCGGUGCUGACACGCCAGCCCACCCAGGGUCGUAGUCGCGAGGGUGGACUGCGUCUGGGCGAAAUGGAACGCGAUUGCCUGAUAUCGUAUGGAGCGAGCAUGCUGAUAAUGGAACGCCUCAUGAUAUCCUCGGAUGCGUUUGAAGUCGAUGUAUGUCGCACCUGCGGCCGAUUAGCCUACUGCUCCUGGUGCCACUUUUGUCAGUCGUCGGCGCAUGUCUCGAAGAUAUCCAUGCCGUAUGCCUGCAAGCUGCUCUUCCAGGAGCUGACCAGCAUGAAUGUGGUGCCCAAGCUCAUUUUAGAGAACUAUUAGAACUAGAGAACUUUAUGGAUUAUACAAAUGCAUAUAUAAUAUAUGACUGAACACGAACUGAA